AUGAAAACAGAGAGACAAAUAGAAAUAGGCUGGGUUUGCAGCUCAUUUGGAGAACCUACCAAGCAAGUACGAACUAAGAGUGGAGGGGGAACUAGGAAAAUUACUGUACCGAAAGAUGCAAAAAAAUCUUAUAUACAAAGAAAAGCUGAGAAUUUAUUCUUUCCUAAUGGUGUUUCGACCAGAGGUCCUAAAGAAGAUUUCGAAUUUGACCUAUGGGAUUUCAAGAGCAAUACUUUCUCGGAUGAUGUUACAGUUGAAGAUUUAUUCAAAAUAACUGGUCUAUCAAGAGUGAGGUUUUACUUGGCAUCUAUAAUGAAAAACAAGGAACCAAAUCACUCUAAUUCUGGAAAAAAAUGUGAAACGGUUGUAAGACCAUCAUCUCCUUACUCUGCUGCUAGCUCUUCCAGAAACACACCGUCUCCAGAAUCAUAUGGCCCUGUUCUGGAUAUUACAAAUUCUGAUUCAAUAUCACCAAGUUUGUUAGAGAUUGAGAGGCCUGAGUAUGUUGAGUAUUAUGAAUCUGCUGCUGCUGAAGUAAAUGUAUCGAACGAUAACGAAUUGGUUGGCGAUAACGACUUGGUUGGCGAUAACGACUUGGUUGGCGAUAACGACCUGGUUAACGUUAGUGACUUAGCAUUCGAUGCUGGUGAAUUCAUACGUGAUUCGUAUCUACUUGAUUCGAACAUACUGGUGAAUACUGACAAAAAUGAAACUAUUCUGUUGAAAUUACACAGAGGGCAGUGCUUUGAUGAGCUUUUAUCAGCAUUCACAACACUCGACCAGAAAAGUUGUGGAAGUUUACAAAUCGAAAUGUAUUUACCGAAUGGUCAAAAACAGAUAGCCUAUGACAUGGGAGGCCUAUUUAGAGAUGCUCUCAGCGAGUUUUUUGACACAUUCUAUGAGAAAUGUACCAUUGGUACUUUCUUUAAAGUGCCUGUUAUUCGUCAUGAUUUCGAUAGCACGAAAUGGAAAGCAAUUGCGAAAAUCAUAUACAAAGGCUGGACAGAUGAACGCUACUUCCCCGUCAAAUUGGCUCCUUCUUUCAUGGAAUAUUGUUUCUUCAAUGAGUGCAAGUCAGAUUUAACAGGGCAAUUUCUGAAAUACAUCAACAAUAAUGAUUCAGAAGUUAUUUCUACGGCAUUGACAAAGUGGGAAGAAGUUGAUGAGGCUGAACUCUUACAAAUCUUGGAGACACUUGAAUGUAAAUGGCUAAUUGAAAAAGAAAAUAUUGGUCAAAUAAUAAAAGAUAUAUCCCAUAAAGAAAUCAUUCAGCGUCCCAUGUUCAUCAUAGAUACCUGGAGUGAUAUCUUGAAGGAUAUGUUGACUGUAGAUCAAUUAUCAUCCUUAUACAAAAAAAAUAUUCCAAAUGCGAAAAAUAUACUGCCUUUAUUAAGAUAUCCAGAAAAUAUAUCACAAGAGGAAAUAUCUGUUGUCAAGCAUCUUCAGCAAUAUAUUAAAGAAGCUGAUCUCAAUACCUUAGAAGCUUUUGUGAGAUUUUGUACCGGAGCCAACAUGUUAACUGCACAGGAUAUUAUAAUAGCAUUUAACAACACACAGGGCGUUUAUAGGACACCUGUAGGACAUACGUGUAGUCAUACACUAGAAUUAAGUAAAACGUACGAGAAUUUCAAUGAAUUCCGUCAUUCGUUAAAUUUAGUAUUGCACUCCAAUAUAUGGGUCAUGGACAUCAUUUGA